GCGGCAAAAUGACGGAAGAGAAGGAAGCGUUCAUUGUCUGCAAGAAACAGACAGUCCAUGACAUUCACAGGCGAAUAAUAUACAUCAAAAACUUCCUGAAUCAAUACAGAUGGAUUAUGGAUGCAUAUGUAUCGGAUUUCUUUGUGUCUGAUUUUUGGAGUCGACUUCCUGGCAGCUGGACACAGUACCUGAGAACACUCUCCCCUCCACACCUGUCCUUCCUCCUCUGUCCUGAUGUACAGACCUACAGUGGCGUCCCCCCUCUGUCACUCUUGUCCUAUAGGAUGUGCGUCCUGAGUUUGGCUGCAAGACGUCAACCAGUUGACCUGGACGAUGAACAGCAGAUGCAGAACAUCCUCAACAACCUGGAAGUCCCAAGACAACACACAGAGACAGCGCGACAGGGAAGUGAGGACAUCGACGGGGAGGGGUCCAGACAUGACCCCGAGUCACGUGAUACAAGCACACAUUUUGUCCCCCGUGAAGAGUGGCGCGGGGUGAUGAAGAAUGGCCAAUGGAUGGAGUUAGAACAUGUCUACAGGAAACAUGUCAAACCCAAGAAACAGCAUGAGAUUCAGAAGCUGAGCCAGACUAUCAGCCAUCUUUGCUGCCAGUGUCGGUGCUCGCAGGUUGUGGAUGUUGGGGCAGGCCUAGGUCACCUCUCAAGGCUCCUCACCUUUGCUCAUGGGGUUAAGGUCACAACGGUUGAGGCUGAAGGGGGUCAUGCUCCCAAGGCAGAACAGUAUGACAGGGAAACAAAGAAGAACAUCAGAAAAGCAAAACUGAAGAAACAGAAGCUGGAGGUGAGAGAGUCUGUGAAUGAGUGGCUGGAACCUGCUGGUCGGCUGCCCAGCCAUGUCGUCAGUCGCAUACAUGCUCACAUCUCUACCAGGGACUUCCUGGCUCUUAUCAAACACAACAGACAUGAGCAGCAGACAGAACAGUGCUGGGAGCAGACGGGCAACGGCAGCCAUCUUGAAAGUCAUCAAAUGAAUCAAAAUGAGAGCUUGAAGACUGUGUGUGCCAAUGGAACAGCGAGUAGGGGGAACGAUGGUAGUGUAGAAAGUGAUGUCAUCAAAAAUACCUUUUAUCAUGUUAAUACUCAAGAUGGAGAUGUGAAGGACACGGAUAGUCAGGACACGGAUAGUCAGGCCUUCGCUCCAAACAAAACCAACUCAUGUAUGUGCAAUCCAAAGAAAACAACCUCUGAUAUUACCAAAGAUAUUACAGAUACAAAGAACAUGUCAAAAUGUGAAAUUCAAAACAGAGACAGCAAUCAAAAACACCAGGUUACCAUGGAAACAGACAAGUCUGGGGAGGUAGAGGCCGAUGACCAGUUUGUGCUGGAUGGGCUCCAUGCCUGUGGAGACCUGACAUCCACCCUCAUCCGGAUGUUCGUCAACUGUGAGGCUGCUGUGGGACUCGCAUCUGUGGGCUGCUGCUACAUGAAGCUCUCUGUGGAGGGGGAUGUGCCAGGGUCAUCUGCCCAGCAAGACAUCGGCUAUCCCAUGAGUCAGUUUGUUGCUGGUCUGCAGGAUGCCAAUCUCACAUACUCGUCUCGGGAGCUGGCUUGUCACUUUGCGGAUUGUUACAUACAGAGGCUGAAAGACAACCCAGUGCACCUGAAGAUCCACAGCUACCGGGCGGCCCUCCAGUAUGUCAUCUUGGCAGUCAGACCGGACUUCCAGAAUGGACUCCUGAAGCUGACAGUCAAACGUGCCACCGAUCAGUCAUUUGAGAGCUAUGCAAAGAGUGCACUUGAAAAGAUUGGCUUUACAUCAGACAUUCCACCUGAAGUUUUGGGUGUUGCUGAGAGUUACCUCCCCUUAUGGAAGGACGUUGUUGUGUUCUACACCCUGAGACUGUGCCUGGCGCCGGUGGUGGAAACCCUCCUCCUCCUAGACAGGAUGCUGUACCUCCUGGAACACGGAGUCCCCAGUGUGCUGGUGCCAAUAUUUGACCCUCAGCUGUCACCCAGGAACUUUGUCCUCCUGGCCACCAAGGAGGGAUCAGGGGGUUGAGGUCAGCUUCAGACGUCUACUUGUGCCGUACUGGUGCAGAAUAUUCAGUUGCCUCUCAUGUCACAAUGAAGCAGAAUAUUCUGUUGCCUCUCAUGUCACAUUGAAGCAGAAUAUUCUGUUGUCUCUCAUGUCACAUUGAAGCAGAGUAUUCUGUUGUCUUUCAUGUCACAUUGAAGCAGAAUAUUCUGUUGUCUCUCAUGUCACAUUGAAGCAGAAUAUUCUGUUGUCUCUCAUGUCACAUUGAAGCAGAAUAUUCUGUUGUCUCUCAUGUCACAUUGAAGCAGAAUAUUCUGUUGCCUCUCAUGUCACAUUGAAGCAGAAUAUUCUGUUGUCUCUUAUGUCACAUUGAAGCAGAAUAUUCUGUUGUCUCUCAUAUCACAUUGAAGCAGAAUAUUCAUUUAUAUCAGACUGCCUCUGUAGUCUAGUAGAUAGAGCAUCUGCUCGGAAAGAGGAAAGUCGGUGGUUUGAUCCCUGGUCGUGUCAUACCAAAAUAUGUUGAAAGAUGGUACUUCUUGUUACCUUGCCUGCCAUUCAGCAUUAAGGAGAUAACACAAAGACUGGUUGGCUCGGUGACAGUAUACUGUGUCUGAGUGAGGUAUCCAUGUAAAACUAAGGCAUGAUAUCUCACUAUAUAACCACUAUUACUCCGGACUAGUUCACGCACGCACGCACACAUGCAGCCGCUAUACAAACGUAGAUUGAAUCAGAGUAUUCAGCAACACUCAUGUCACAUUGAAGCAGAAUAUUCAACUAUCCUUGAAUGUCACAUUGAAGCGGAAUAUUCAACUGCCCUUGCAUGUCACAUUGAAGCAGAAUAUUCAACUGCCCUUGCAUGUCACAUUGAAGCGGAAUAUUCAACUAUCCUUGCAUGUCACAUUGAAGCGGAAUAUUCAACUAUUCUUGCAUGUCACAUUGAAGCGGAAUAUUCAACUGCCCUUGCAUGUCACAUUGAAGCGGAAUAUUCAACUGCCCUUGCAUGUCACAUUAAAGCGGAAUAUUCAACUAUCCUUGCAUGUCACAUUGAAGCAGAAUAUUCAACUCUCCUUGAAUGUCACAUUGAAGUGGAAUAUUCAACUAUCCUUGAAUGUCACAUUGAAGCGGAAUAUUCAACUGCCCUUGCAUGUCACAUUGAAGCGGAAUAUUCAACUAUCCUUGAAUGUCACAUUGAAGCGGAUUAUUUAACUAUCCUUGCAUGUCACAUUGAAGCGGAAUAUUCAACUGCCCUUGAAUGUCAUUGUAUCCCAUUUGUGUAGAUUGAUGCUCAUGAUGUCAAUCACUGGAUUGUCUGUUGCAGCAACAAUUAUUUAAAGACUGCUGUCAUAUUGCUGGAAUAUCGCUAGAGUGUGGAGUUAAAACAACAACCAAACACACCAACAGGCAGUGUGCCAAGGCUGGGUGAGACUCCUUACAUGGAGACAGCAUGUAAACCACAUUUUUUGUUCCCCGCUGUGGAGAGUGGAAGGUCCGGGGUUUAAUCCUAGGCCGCAUCAUACCAAAAGACAUUAAAAGAUGGUACUUAUUGUUACCCUGCCUGGGAUUUGGUAUGAAGGUUAUACUGUGAGUGGGGUUUUCAUGUUAAACUGAGGCAUGGUAUCUCAAUGGGCUGGCACUAUUAAAUCGGCAUUAGUCCGGACAAUACAAGCAGCCACACACGUGCAUGCACAUCGCUAUUUAAGUACAAUAAUCUUCAAUGCGACAAUAAACCCCAUUUCACCUCACCUCCCUGCUAUGGCUGGAUUAAUGUUAAAAGCAGCAUAAAACUCACUCACUCACUUACAUCGAGUCAACCACUCAGAAGGCAUCUCAUGUCAAGGUGCAUUGUCUAUAUGACUACUAGGAGGUUUAUAACAUGUAUAAACCACAAUGAAGAACAACAAAAACAUUGCAGACACAUGAUAAUUUAUUCUUUGUUCAAAUAAGUAUAUGAGCAUAUGUCUGAGGUUACUCCAAGAUGCGAUAUGUAUAUAUAUAUGUAUGUUUAUAAAUAUAAAAUGCUGGUGUCUAUGUUGCCAUAAGACUCAAUCCUUGUAUGUGGAAAUAAUUUUUGAUUAAUUUCCUAAGGAAUCAACUCAAAAAUCAUUUAUAAGUAAAUUCAGUAAUUUGAUUUAAUUGAUCAAGAUCUGUGCAAAUCAACUCAAGCGUGAUGCUUGGGAACAAUUCUCACAAGAAAAUUAUCAUAAUGUUAAUGAUGAAAUGAAUCCCAUGACAAUAUAUAUACAUAUAAGAGUUCAUGGAGUGACAAUAUAAUGGUUCAGAUGAUAUUGUAUGAAAUAUAUGAUUAAUAUUUCAGCCAGUUUGUUACCUGUGGCGUAUCAAAAU